AUGGCCUCGGUGGGUCCCUCUGCAGCCUCCACGCAGCCAGCCCUGCCCUCCGGACCCGCCGUCUUCAAAACCAUCCCCUACGCCUUCAUCCUGCCGGAGAUCCUCUGCGGGACCUGGGUGUGGAUCCUCGUCGCUGCUACCUCCGUCUCCUUGCCGCUGCUGCAGGGAUGGGUCAUGUACGUGUCCCUCACCUCCUGCCUCAUCUCCCUGCUGCUCCUCUUAAGCUACCUCCUCGGCUUCCACAGGAACAGCGAGAACUGGAAAGUGCUGGACAGUUUGUACCACGGUGCCACAGCCAUUCUGUACAUGAGCGCCGCUGUCCUGCAGGCCAACGCGACCAUCAACUCUGAGCUCAGCCCCGACGGGCCGCUCAACUACCAACUCAACAGCGCCGCAUCGUUCUUCGCCUUCCUCACGACCUUCCUAUACAUCCUUCACGCCUUCAGCAUCUACUACCAGUGAUCCUGGCAGCACCAGAUUCACCUCUGCAGGACAAGGGCUUUCCCAGUGUGAGAGACCCUGCUGUCUUCCCAAGGUGUCCCUGCCCCAGCCCUGUCACCAGGCCUCAGGAACAGCAGGUCCUUUUGCACUUCAUCACAGGAGGGAUUUUGCUGGCACACACUGCUGUGCCUGUGGGACAUUUCCUGCCUUGCCUGGGGGCUACGCAAGGGGAGGAACCAGGCACAGGCCCCCAAGCCUCCAAUUCUGACAUUCUGCCAAAUAUUGACACCAAGGAAGGGAAAAAAACCAUCACUGUUCCUUCAGCAAACAAUCUCCUUUCUUUAUAUUAUUUGCCUUUUUCUGGUUCAGCUCCAUCUCUCCCCAACACAAAUUCAUAACAAUGAUACAAGAUUGUGUUCCUUGACUUUCAGAUGGUUUCAUUUGGUAAAUGCUGUAUUUGGAAUAAAGGGUCAACUGACAGAUUUUGA